UUAAAAAGGGCAAAGUAAAAAGUAGAAAUAAUGAAUAAGUAUGAGAUAAUUGGAGUUGUAGGUGAAGGAGCUUACGGAAUAGUGUUAAAAUGUAGAAAUAAAGAGACAAAUGAAUAUGGUUUGAUAUUUCUUUGUAUUUGUUACAGUCGCAAUAAAGAAAUUUAAAGAGACAGAAGAUGAUGAGACAGUAAAAAAGAGUAUACAACGAGAAGUAAAAAUGUUGAGAAUGCUAAAACAUCCAAAUAUUAUAUAAUUGAAGGAGGCAUUUAAGAAAAAGGGGAAAAUAUUUUUGGUAUUCCAAUUUGUAGAUAGAAACUUAUUGGAAUUAUUAGAAGAGAGAAAAUAAUUAGACGUAUUUGAAAUAAAGAAAUUAUUAGUAGGAAAGCAUAAAGAGAAUAAUAUUGUAAUUAGUCUUAGCAAUUAAUGCAUGUCAUUAAGUUGGGAUAGUACAUAGAGAUAUAAAGCCUGAAAAUUUAUUAAUUGAUAAUGAAUUAAAUAUAAAGUUGUGUGACUUUGGUUUUGCAAGAGUAGUGUUUUUAAAUAUAGAUAUAGACAAUAUAAUGUUAAGAGUAAUUGACAGAUUAUGUGGCAACAAGAUGGUAUAGAUCUCCAGAAUUAUUAAUAUCAAAUAAUUAUGGAAAAGAGGUUGAUAUUUGGGCAAUAGGAUGUAUAAUGGGAGAAUUGAUAGAUGGUUAACCAUUAUUUCCAGGAGAAAAUGAGAUGGAUUAAUUAUAUUUAAUUUAAAAAAUUCUAGGACCGUUGACUUAAGAUUAGAUAGAAAGAUUUUAGAAGAAUUAGAAAUACAUAGGAAUGAAAUUUCCCGAUAUUACAAAAUGUGAAACAAUUGAGAAAAGAUAUUAAGGAAAAAUGUGUAAUAAAGGCUUAAGUUUUCUAAAAUAAUGUUUAAUUAUGGACCCAAAUAAAAGAUUAACCUCUAUAGAAUGUUUAGAGCAUUAAUAUCUCUAUGAUUUAUGGAGUAAAGAAAGGGAAAUUAGACCAAAAAGUAAUUUUUAGAGAAGAACCAGCUGCGAAAGAGAUGAUUCAAAAUAAUACAUUACUAAUUAAUUUGAUUUAUGUGAUACAAAACCUAAAAAAAUAUUAGAAAAAGCUAUUCCACAAACUAUUUAAAAUUAAACACUUAUAUAAAAAUAAGCUUAUAAUUAUAAAAUUGGAGAUUAUGUUUCAGAAUAUAAUAAAGAAGGUGAAGAUAAUAAAUCUUAAAUGCAUAAUACAUUUAAUUAAUCAUUUAAAAUAAAACUAAAUGAUACUCUUCCUUAAAGUAGAUUAGGAUCUGAAUAAGAUAAAAGAAUCAACAGAAUCAUUGGAUUACCUGGAGUAAAAGAUGAUCCUAAAAUUUAACAUUAAUAUCAAUUCGAAUAAUAGCCAAAAUAAUAAUCAACUUCAAUUGCCAAAUCACCACAAAAAAAAAAUUCUAUAUAAUAACCUUCCUUUCAUGCUUAAGUAUAUUUAAUAUAUCAUUUUUAGGCUUAACAUUAUCUAUAACCUCAAAAAUUAAAUUUAGUUUAUAAUGCAAAUACAUAUAAUUAUUCAAUAAAAAAGUCUUAUAUCUCAAAAAAAUGA